CCUUCGAAAAUGAAAAAAAGAAAAAGCUGAGGCUAGAACUUCCAGAGGAACAGUACAGAGAAACCUGGAUUUGAGAUGUGGGCUCUAGCUCUGCUUCUUUUUCUAACUAGCCACUUAGCCCGCUUAGGCCUCAGUUUCCUCAUCUGUGAAAUAAAGAGGCUGGACCAGAUGACUCCUAAGGAGCCAUCCUAAUCUAAAGUCCUGUGCUUCGAAUGAUGUAUUGGGAUGUCCAGUGUGUGGCAAGAGGGAUCGGUAAUGGUUCCUCUCAUUCCCUCACAGAACACCCAGCCUAACUAUGUUCACAGACCCUUCCCAUAGCUGGUGGUAUCCAUUCUGUAAUCCCCUUUAUUCAGGCAGAGUUCAAGAAAAGAGAAAUAUCACAUAUGAUGGACAAAGAAUAAUAAACUCACUUAGCACCGAAUUUGUCCCAGGCACCUUCUGACCUGCCUUACAUAUCUAGAUGCUCGAAGACCGGUUACGAUUAUUUAUCACACCAAAGCCAUUCUGCUUGUGAAUGACGAUAGUGUGAUGCAGAACCAGAGGGUUCCCCCACCAAAAAAAAAACCCUGGUGCUUUCAAUCUCUGCCCUGCAACCUUAAAUUUUCUUGGGAAUAAAAAAGACAACAGAAUGGAUUAUCAUCAUUUUACUGUGUGCCAUUGGAGGCCUCAGGGCUGGCUGAGCAGCUGGCUGCCUGCUUGGCGCCCCACUUCCAUGUCUCAGCUGAAGAAUGUGGAAGCCAGGAUCCUCCAGUGCCUCCAGAACAAGUUCCUGGCCCGAUAUGUGUCCCUCCCGAACCAGAACAAGAUCUGGACAGUCACCGUGAGCCCGGAGCUGAGGGAUCGCACCCCCCUGGUGAUGGUGCACGGCUUCGGGGGUGGUGUGGGCCUCUGGAUCCUCAAUAUGGAUUCACUGAGUGCCCGCCGCACUCUGCACACCUUUGAUCUGCUUGGCUUUGGGCGAAGCUCGAGGCCAACGUUCCCUAGGGACCCCGAAGGGGCCGAAGAUGAGUUUGUGACAUCCAUAGAGACGUGGCGGGAGACCAUGGGGAUCCCCAGCAUGAUCCUCCUGGGGCAUAGUUUGGGAGGAUUCCUGGCCACCUCUUACUCUAUCAAGUACCCUGAAAGAGUUAAACACCUCAUCCUGGUGGACCCAUGGGGCUUUCCUCUUCGACCAACUGACCCCAGUGAGAUCCGUGCACCCCCAACCUGGUUCAAGGCUGUAGUGUCUGUCCUAGGGCGUUCCAAUCCCCUGGCUGUUCUUCGAGUAGCUGGGCCUUGGGGGCCUGGCCUGGUUCAGCGAUUCCGGCCGGACUUCAAGCGCAAGUUUGCAGACUUCUUUGAGGAUGAUACUAUAUCUGAGUAUAUCUACCACUGCAAUGCUCAGAAUCCCAGUGGGGAGACAGCAUUCAAAGCCAUGAUGGAGUCCUUCGGCUGGGCGCGGCGCCCCAUGUUGGAGCGGAUUCACUUGAUUCGCAAAGAUGUGCCCAUCACCAUGAUCUACGGGGCCAACACCUGGAUAGAUACCAGCACAGGGAAGAAAGUAAAGAUGCAGCGGCCAGAUUCCUACGUCCGAGACAUGGAGAUUGAGGGUGCUUCGCACCACGUCUAUGCGGACCAGCCACACAUCUUCAAUUCCGUGGUGGAAGAGAUCUGUGACUCAGUUGACUGAGCUGCUGCCCCUGGAGGAAGAGGAGAAAGCCAGAGAGCCGCUCUCGCCUCCCUGUCCGCUUACUCGCCCCUGUGUCCUUUCCUCACCAACUAACAUGUGCCAGCCAGGCAGUCUUGGGCUGUCCCCAGGGCAGGACCACAGUGAAGAAGAGCACUCCCGAACCCACACGAAGGGUUGGAGGCUGAAGCCGCACGAGGCCUUGAGCACCCCACCCCGGGGAAGAACAUAAAGGGUUGCAUAGCGCCACCCAUUCUCUCCAUGCCAAGUGUUACCCAGAUGGUGGUUGUGACGGGAUCGCACUGAGCCACGUUCCCUCCCCGUGCCAAAGGUGGGGGGUGGGAGGCGGCCUCUUCCCCCGGGUGAGGGAGAGGCUCCCGGCAGCCUUUCCCAGCUCUGGAAUGCUUGUGGGGGUAGGUUCCAAGCAAAAGCAUCCUCCUCCAUCACCCCCAGCCUCCAUUCCAUGCCAGUUUUGUCCAGAGUCUGGUUGGGAGCUAACUACCAACUAACUACUAACUUCUUAACUACCAAGAGCAGGUCUCAGAGCGCCCUUGACCUGUGAGGUCCCUCCCUCCCACGACCUAAGAAGUCCUGUCCAAAGCGCUCAUUAACGGAUGAGGAAUAGGCCAGGGCAGGACAUGGCUGGCCCAUGGUGAUACAGCUCUGCUCCGGGAGAGCUAAGGCUCGAACCCAGGUCUGCUGACACCCAGUACCCACUGCAGACUCCAUUUUGCUAAAGUUAAGGCAGACACCAUUGCCAUGAGGCUGGUCCUAGUCACUGGCCGAGGGUAAGCCCAUCCCUGUCCCACUUUCUAGCCCCAUUGUGCAGGCGUGCUAUUGUCCGGCCGUGUGUCUCGGCCCUGGCUGCCUAAGCGGGGGACACUCAAGUGCUUCCUUCCCUGCCCCCUCAUCCUCCCAACUGGGAGGCCUCUUGGCCUCCCUCUGUGCCUUGGGCCCUAAAGCCCCACCUGUAGGAUAGAGCAAAGAUGGCCCCUGGUGGAGAGAUAAGGGAAAGGCCCUUCAACCCCAGGGCUGUGUCUGGAUUCCUUGUUCCCACUAGUAUCCACGGAGUUUUUCUACCCUGCCCAUGGUCUGAUGGAGAGCCUCAAGCCAGCAGUUCCCUGUCCUCAUCAGCCACAGGAUGGUUCUCACUGCCUGGCCCUCUAUCCCUGCCAUCUGUCCCAUGGCCUUCAGCUCCUCCUGCCCCCGACCUACCUGUCACUAUCUCCCAGGGGCUGGUUCCAGGUGCUGCUCUGAGGUUCUGGGCCGUGGGCUGGGCCUGGCCCCAGAACCAGGGCAGCUUCUGUCUGCCCCUUGAGUUUUGUAAAGCCGACCCUUUCACCAGAAUAGUAUUAACUCCUGGUGCUUUGUACUACUGGUCCAGCUGCCUUGGGCUCCUUUUCUAUAUUAAUAAAGAAAUGAGUAAAAAC